AUGGAAAUUGAGGAGAACUGUACUGCUGUGACUGAGUUCAUUCUCCUUGGAUUAUCAGAUGCACCUGAGUUCAGGGUUUUUCUUCCUCUUCUGUUUCUUUUCAUCUAUGGAUGUACAGUCUUGGGCAAUCUGGGCAUGAUUGCAUUAAUUCGAGUGAGCUCUCGACUUCACACCCCCAUGUACUUUUUCCUCAGUCACUUGUCCUUUGUGGAUUUUUGCUACUCCACAACAAUUGUGCCAAAGAUGCUGGCUAGUAUCUUAAGCAAGGAAAAAGCCAUCUCCUUCCCGGGAUGCAUGGUGCAAUUUUAUUUAUUUUGUACAUGUGUAAUCACUGAAGUCUUUCUGUUGUCCGUGAUGGCUUAUGACCGCUUCUUGGCCAUCUGCAGCCCAUUGCUAUACAUGGUCUCCAUGUCCCAGAAACUCUCUGUGGGGCUAGCUUCUGGCUGCUACCUUUAUGGGAAUAUUUGUUCUCUGAUACACUUGUGUUUAGCUCUUAAGAUCCCAUCCUAUAGGUCAAAUGUAAUUAACCACUUCUUUUGUGAUCUACCACCCAUCUUUACUCUUGCCUGCCAUGACGUCUCUCUAAAUGAGCUCGUGGUGUUCAUAGUGGCCACAUUCAAUGAGAUCAUCAGCAUUGUGGUCAUCCUCACCUCCUACCUGUUUAUUCUCGUCACCAUCCUGAGGAUGCGCUCUGCAGAGGGAAGGCGCAAAGCCUUUUCCACCUGUGCCUCCCACCUCACAGCCAUCGUUGUCUUCCAGGGAACAAUCCUUUUCAUCUACUGCCGGCCCAGUACUGACAACAACCCAGAUACUGACAAAGUGGCCACGGUGUUCUAUACCGUAGUGAUUCCCAUGCUCAACCCCCUGAUCUAUAGUCUGAGGAACAAGGAUGUGAAAGAAGCGCUCAAAAAAGUGGUGAGCUCCAAAAGGGUUUCCCAGAGAUCAUUUUCUUAG